UUAUUUUUAAAAAAAAUCCAUGUCAAAUUAAAAUCAUCGAAAAAGAAAAAAUAAUUAGGUUGAUUAUACUUUACUCUAUCUUGUUUUUGUUCAUGAACAUUCAAAAAGGGUGUUUUUCUAAUUAAAAGUCGCCAUCGGGAUUUUAUUUCCCAUUUUUUCCCGCCGGAGUUUCGUCACGUCGGCAAAGUUGACCGCCAGUUUCCGUCCGCCACGGACCUCCUCCUUCCGAUCUCCUUCUCCGGUGAAAUCCACUCCUAUCAGAGAUGGGUAUAUACCUGAGUUCUCCGAAAACGGAGAAAUUUUCAGAAGAUGGUGAUAAUGUUAGGGUUAGAUAUGGUUUAUCAUCAAUGCAAGGAUGGCGAGCAGCUAUGGAAGAUGCUCAUGCAGCAAUUACUGACUUGGAUGCUUCCACUUCCUUUUUUGGUGUCUAUGAUGGUCAUGGAGGUAAAGUUGUUGCCAAAUUUUGUGCCAAGUAUCUACAUCAACAAGUACUCAAGCAUGAAGCGUAUCUACAAGGAGAUAUUGGAACGUCAGUCCAGAAAGCCUUUUUCAGAAUGGAUGAGAUGAUGCGUGGUCAGAGAGGAUGGAGGGAGCUGGCUGCACUAGGGGAUAGAUUAAACAAGUUUUCGGGUAUGAUAGAGGGUCUUAUAUGGUCUCCAAGAAAUGGUGAUGGAAACGGAAAUACUGAUGACUGGGCGUUUGAGGAGGGUCCUCACUCUGAUUUUCCUGGACCAACUUCUGGAUGUACGUCUUGUGUUGCGAUCAUUAGAGAGAACCAACUCAUUGUUGCGAAUGCUGGUGAUUCUCGCUGUGUGAUUUCACGGAAAGGCCAGGCAUAUAAUCUAUCGAGGGAUCACAAGCCUGAUCUUGAGAUUGAAAGAGAGAGAAUUUUGAAAGCAGGUGGUUUUAUCCAUGCAGGGCGUGUUAAUGGCAGCUUAAAUCUUGCAAGAGCUAUAGGUGACAUGGAAUUCAAGCAGAAUAAGUUUUUGCCAGCUGAGAAGCAAAUUGUUACGGCCGAUCCAGAUAUAAAUAUUGUUGAUUUGUGCGAUGAUGAUGAUUUUAUUGUCCUAGCUUGUGAUGGUGUAUGGGACUGCAUGUCGAGCCAGCAGUUAGUGGACUUUAUACAUGAGCAGCUCAAGUCGGAAAGCAAACUUUCUGCAGUAUGUGAGAGAGUUCUUGAUAGGUGUUUGGCACCGACAGCUGGAGGUGAAGGAUGCGACAACAUGACCAUGAUUUUAGUACAAAUCAAAAAACCUGUUCCCUCUGGGGCUUCUCCUAGUGACGAACCAUUAGCUUCUCCAGGUGAUGAGCCGUCAGCUUCGAGUGAGAAACUCCCUGCUUCAGAUGAUGUAAUUGCUGAAACAAAACCAGCAGAGUGUGGAUCAAGUUCAUAGUCACAGACACCCCUCUUAUUUAAUAAGAGUCUCAUCUGCAGUUGUAAAUGAUUGUUUUUGAGCUACAAGGAUAAAAAAUUAUAGCUUUUACUGCUGCUGGUUGUAUAUGUUGUUUUGUGUUGUACUAUAUACCUUUUUGGAUGACUUGUAUAGAUGACUUGACCAGAUGUUCUUGACAUGAAAAGUAAAACCAAAUUACUUUUUUAUCC